AUAACACAUACACUUCACCGCAAAUGGCUACCGGAGUAGAACAAACAACGGUGAUCAUCGUCGGAGCCGGCCCAUCGGGGCUUGCUACCGCAGCAUGCCUCCAUCAACAAUCAAUCCCAUACAUAAUACUCGAACGAGAAGAUUGUAUAGCCUCAUUAUUCAACAAAAAAUCAUACAACCGGCUUCACCUCCACUUAGCCAAAAACUUUUGUCAACUUCCUCACCUUCCUUUUCCAGCCAGUUUUCCAACCUAUGUUCCAAAAGCUGACUUCUUGAAAUACUUAGACGAUUACGCGGCUCAUUUCAAGAUUAACCCGAGGUUUUGCAACCGCGUGAAGUUUGCAAAGUAUGAAGAAGAUGAGGAGAAAUGGAAGGUGGAGGCUGAGGUUGUUGGUGGUGGGGUGAAAAGAUAUGAAGGGAGGUUUUUGGUGGUGGCUACUGGAGAAACUAGUGAUGUGUUUAUACCGGAGGUUGAUGGGUUGAGUGAGUUUAAAGGUGAAGUUAUUCAUUCGACCCAAUAUAAAUCCGGCAAAGGGUAUGAGAACAAGAAGGUUUUGGUCGUCGGAGCUGGUAAUUCUGGCAUGGAAAUUGCGCUUGAUUUGUCGAAUUAUGGUGCGAAGACCUCCAUUGUUGUUAGAAGUCCGGUUCAUAUAGUUUCAAGAUGGUCGGUAAAUCUUGGAUUGAUGCUACUAAAGAUUAUGCCACUGCAUUUGGUGGAUUCGUUCUUGGUGCUGGUUAACAAGCUAAUGUAUGGAGAUCUAACUAGGUACAAGAUUCAAAGGCCCAAAGAAGGUCCAUUCGCGGGUAAGGUAAGAAGUGGCAAGUAUCCGAUCGUCGAUAUGGGUACAACUGAAAAGAUCAAGUCUGGCGAGAUACAAGUUUUGCCGGCGUUAAAAAGUAUUCAAGGCGGAGGAUAUGAAGUUGUUUUCGAAAAUGGAAAAUGUUAUCAGUUUGAUGUGAUUCUCUUUGCGACUGGUUUUAAAAGAACAACUCAUUUGUGGCUACAGGGAGGUGAUUGUCUAUUAAACAAAGAUGGAUUACCAAAGCCAAUGUAUCCAAAUCAUUGGAAAGGAGAAAAUGGGCUUUACUGUGCUGGGCUUGCCAGAAGAGGCCUGUAUGGAGCUGCCAUGGAUGCUGAAAACAUAGCCCAACACAUUUUCAAGCUGAUAUAAUAUAAAAGUAAAUCACCAAAUUUGAUUAAAAUGUUAAAAGAGUUUAAUAGUGUAUUAUGAUUGAGUUCUGUUUAGAAAGAUUUAUGAGUGCUGUUAUUAUAGAUAGAAUAAUGAAAAUGAAAAUUAUGUUGUUUUUACUUUU